AAAUCUAGCUUAAACUUACGGGAAGCCAACAAUGAAAAUAGAGAUAAAAACAAUAGACUCUCUCUUAAUACUGAUAACAAAUACGCGGAGUCCAGUGGCGGAAGCGAUGUAAACAGUGUCAGCGGUAGCGGCGCUUCCAAGAUAACCAGAGCUAAUGUUACUAAUGCCGGCAGCGCCAAGAACGGUUGCGGGAAGCAAAGUUUCGAGCAUGAAGACAAAGAUGUAGGCACCGAGAAGGAUAGUCGACAACAAAGCGAAAAUGGUGCCUUACAUCAGUGUAUCAAUGAGUUGGCUGCUUCGUUCGGCAGUAAUUCCGCUAGCGGCGAUUCUGAGGCAGUACGCCACUCUCCGUUGGAAGACAUUAAAGAAUUGGACAUAACACCGACUGGUGAACCAACACAGAAAACAACAAAACCGCCAACGCAGAAAACAUCGCAUUUUGUUACAGUAAUCGAGGUUAAGGAAAGCAAGUCAAACAUGGAUGCUGAGGUAGAUGACGGAUUGGAGGGAAGUGAAUCGGCGCAGGGCACCACCACCACAACUCUAAGCAGUUUCGAACGUAAAACGUCUACCAAGGUAGAGCCAACAGCACCGCCUUUGUCCCCUGCAUUAACAUCGCCUUCCAUGUCAGCUUCAACGUACGCUGCACAUUCGGACGCCAAAAAGAAGAUGCCACCAAGGCCUCCUCCCAAAAAUAUACGCCGAGUUGAACCACCUACUAUACCAGGGCAACUAUCAUCGUCUCCGAAACGUGACUCUCCAUUUGUUGGCAGUAGUAUGCCUUUACCUAGCGGCUCUGGCAAUUUAUCCUCAUCGGAAAGUCCAGGAAAUUCGCUUGAACGUAACAUCAAACCUUCUGAUAUUUUGCGACAGAAGUCACCCGAGUCUUUGGAAGCUAAAACAUUGGCGGCCAAUCGGAAAACUACACCAGAGCUGGGCAAAUUCAAUCCGCCUGACUUGAUGGAGGAACUAGGACGAAAAGUUGGUAAAUCGGAGAGUCUGGAGAAAACCAAACGCUCAGAAAUUACGACAACGCAGAGUCCAACUGGUAGCUUGGGACGAACGAUUUCCACGCAAAGUCGUAACGUAUCGGGCCCUCCUCGAGGCAGCGGUGCCGCAGUGGGCGCGUCACCCACUGGCAGCUUGAAUAAGCCUUCGAAGCUGGCUGUAGCAGAUAGUUCAUCGACGAAUAGCUUAGAAAAGAAAUCUCGUUCUUCACUACCAGCCGCUGACAGCGAAAGUGGACAAAGCCAGAUAGUUGGCUCAAAGGAAUCACUAGCAUCACAAGGCAUAUCGGAAAUCAUUAAAAGCUAUGAAUCUGUUUCAUCUUUGGGCUCUGACUGUGCAAAAGCCCCACAACACCUGGACAAUGAACCGUAUUACGACACAGUACCACUGGAUAAUGGCGAGGGCGAAUAUGUUUAUAUAAAGCCGGGCGGCACUGGCUCAUCGUCCAGUCGGGAUGAUCUAUCCACGCCCGGCAGUACGCUUCCAAUCGGUUCUGCUACACACCUUAGUAGCCAGGCGUCUGUAACAGAUCCUGAGUCUCCAGGUCGUAGCUCAAAUUAUGUGAAUAUUGAUUACUUUCUGCAUCAAAGCAAUGAAACACGUUCUAGCUCUCUAGACAGUGAUGGAGAGUAUGAGGGACCGCCAAUAAUGCGUACAAUUUCUCAUGAUGAGCAGAAUACCCAAACUCCUAGUGCUUUACGAAAGAAUUUAGUUUCAGCGAUACUAGUGAGUAUUUUGUGUGUUUAGUUUUUAUAAUUCACAUUAAAAUAUAUUUAUAUACUUAAGCUCCAUCUUCACUUGAAUAACUUCUAAUGCACAAUGGUAUUUAAUAAAUCGCGAGACAUGCAAAAAAAAAUCAUACCUUAUUUUUAUUAACCUUCUAAAAGACAAAUAUGUGUGUGAAGAGGUUGUAACAUAGAUUUUGAUAUAUUACAAUAAUUAUUAUUGGAUGAUGAACAACUUACAUCCUUUCAAAGGGAAAACUACUUGAAGCAUUCGCUUGAAAUGGAAAUGCCUCGACAACAUCGUAAAUUUCGAGGAUUUUGUUCGACAAAAAAAAACAUGUAUAUAAAAGACGAACAAA